GAAGAAAGGAGUCCCAUUCACAAGCCGGCCUCCUCCUCCUCCUCCUCUUCCUCCUCCCCCUCCCCUUCGGAGGCACGUGCCCCCCGCGGAAGAGCGCGAUCCGCCUGUCUGCCGCCCGCGGUUGCAGCGAGCCCCCGCCUCUUUCCGCCUCGCUUCCAUCGGCGCUCCAUCUUCCCGGGUUCGAGGCUGGGAUGGCGCGGGGCUGAAGCCGGACCGGCCGCUCCGCCAUGGCCAAGCAGUACGACGUGCUCUUCCGCCUCCUGCUCAUCGGCGACUCCGGCGUGGGCAAGACCUGCCUCCUCUGCCGCUUCACCGACAACGAGUUCCACCCCUCGCACAUCUCCACCAUCGGGGUUGAUUUUAAAAUGAAGACUAUUGAAGUAGACGGAAUUAAAGUCCGAAUACAGAUCUGGGACACUGCUGGUCAGGAGCGAUAUCAGACCAUCACCAAACAGUACUACAGACGAGCACAGGGAAUAUUCUUGGUGUACGACAUUAGCAGUGAGCGCUCCUACCAGCACAUAAUGAAAUGGGCCAGUGAUGUGGAUGAGUAUGCUCCAGAAGGUGUCCAGAAGAUCCUCAUUGGGAAUAAAGCAGAUGAGGAAGAGAAGAGGCAAGUAGGGAGAGAGCAAGGCCUCCAGCUAGCUAAGGAAUACGGCAUGGAUUUUUAUGAAACAAGUGCCUGCACCAACCAGAACAUCAAGGAGUCUUUCACUCGUCUGACGGAGCUGGUCUUGCAGGCCCACAAGAAGGAGCUGGAUGGACUCCGCACAUACACAGCUGACAAACUGAACCUGGUUGAGCUGGAGGAAGAUACGAGCAAACCAGAGGGCACAGAGCAUCCUCCCAAGACGACCUGCUGGUGCUGAGGGCCUCCCAGUGUUCUUCCUUUCCCCCAACCCCAGUGCAGGUAGAAAGGCUGCCACCUAGAGAGGACUGGUUUGCUCUGCUCCAUCCCUCUGGUCAUUGGUUGUCCACCUGCCCGCCAUCUGCCCUGCUGGAUCCUCUUUGGGUUUCCUGGUGUUUCUCCUUGAUUGGUGAUUUCUGUUGUCCCCAAACUCCCUGGAUCCAAACUCUCUCAGAUGGCUCAUAAUGUGCAGAAUAUCACCCUGCCAUCUUUAUGGAAGGACUGUGGUUGGCAGUCAUGGUUGAGGCUGGUCCAGCCGCCCUCUCAGACUCCAGGUGCCCUGUGGCUUGGACCCUUUCCACCAACAGGUGAACCAUUUGGUUCUGUACCUGGAUGGGGCAGGGCACCUGCGAAGUGAGAAGGAACUGCAUUUCACUACCAAUUUCCCAGGAAGGCCAUUUGCUAACACACCUUCUCGAGCAAGCAUUAGUAUGGCUUGUUACUCUCCACACCCUACCCAACCCAAGCCCUGCCCCAUGUGCUUUGCCUUUAUCUUCUCUUUAUCUUCUCCAGUGCCUGUGCAACACGGUGCAGAUUUCGACCAGAUCCUGAUUGUUCCUGGCUGGGGCUUUUACAGCUGCCUUGGCAAUAGUGUCUUGUUCAUAGCACCAGGUUGCCUGGAGAUGAUUGUCAAAGCUCUCAUCUAGACAUCUUACCAAAAAUGGACUCUCAUUUCAAAGGGUGAAGUGACCCUUUUCCUCUACUCAGCAGAAGUGCUAGGAUCAACAGGAGUCUAGCCUUACUGGGAAACAGGGUUAUAUGGUGGUAUUUGGAUCUUAUCCAGACUUCCCUUACCAGUUAUGGAGAAACUAUGCUUGCUUCUCCCUAGCCAGAGUAGACUUGCCAUUUGAAAAGUCAGUAAAGCCCUAUCUUGUAUGGCAAAUAGAACAAGUUCUUGCUGGAUAUUAAUUCAGAAUUUUAAAGGGAAUCUUUCCUUGCCCCCAUUAGGUAUCUUUGGUGGUAGUGGUGUGGGGCACUCCAAAUACAUCACUUAGAAUAUACAUAUAUAUCAAUGCAGGCAGGGAAACCACUAUGUAGCACAUACUUGAAUUUGGUUUUGAUAGCUCUCUUGAAAUUAUUUGCCAACUACGUUCCUUCCAAUCCUGACACAGGAUAAGACCUAGCAAUCUGUGCAUAGAUCUUCCAACCCAAUCCAUUAUUUUGCCCUCUGGAUCCAUCAUGCCAGAAAUUGCUGAAGAUCCCCUUUAGACUUUUCUCUGCAGAUUCAACUUGAAGCUCAAAUCUGGUCUGCCCUUCUGGGGAUUCUCCCAUUAUGUGCUGCUAACAUGACUCAGUCAGAACAAACUGACACCCACAUGCAUGUUUUACAGGCACCCUCCUCUCGCCUGGCCACUGACUCACUUGAUGGGGGAAACCUCUUAUACUCAGCGGCAUGCCUUGGUAUUCUAAUCUCUCUUAUGCGUGCCUGCUCCAGAGUAGCUGCUUCUUGCGUGCCAACACCUUGAGGAUGUCAAGACUCUUCCUCCCCUGCAUACUUGCCAGAAAUGGGUUACAUUUGCCCAAUCUAGACAGAGUCGCCGUCUGCUGGGGACCUUUGGGGUAAGAUGUGCUGGCUUUACAGAGAUCCUCCUACCAAGCAGGGAGGUUCCUUUUGACAGGAGGCUCAGACCUGAGACAUUCAGUCCAUGGUUAUUGUGGCAUUAGGUUGUCUUUGUGGUGAGCCACUCUUUUCUAGCCACAAGCUUAUACCAAAUGGAUAUAUGUUCCUUUGUUCUUUCCUCCUGUUUUUUCUCCAUGGAGCUGAUUAAACUGUAAUGAUAAAAACAAAGUGGGGAAGGGGGAAUAACACAUCAUGAAUGUGAUCCUAGUUGUUUUGAUUCAAAUGUUUUGUCUUUGGGAGCAAAAGGGUGCCUUGCAAUGAAGAAGAAGCGCUGGUUCAAAUGUUCGUACUUUAAAAAUAUCUAUUUUCUUGAGCUAGAAGAGUGUGAGCUAGUAUCAAACCACUGAAAUGUAGGGAAGCAGUGAUAUAUUACAGAGACUGUUGCUGACAGAAAGGGUUCCUGUGGCCAUGGUCCUCUGGCAAUGGACUUUCCCAUUUCAGGGUCUGUAAUAUGGAGUGGUCAUCCACAGAAAGCCAUCUUCCCUCAGAACUAAUGUAUGCUACUGAUUUAAUAGGAACUAAAUGGAGAGCAUGUAGCCAUUCACCUGUAGGGUUUGCGUGAAAAACUCAAGUCUACUAGGAAUGGGUUAACUGCAGUGAAAUUAUUGCAGUGGGGGUGUGCUAGAAAAAUAUGAAAAGAGGAAGGAGCCAGAAUCUGAGGAAAAUGGGAUGGGCCAUAAGAAGGUAACUACAAAUGGAUCCUUUGCCCAAGAACAAAUAGCUGUUUUUAUGCUUGGCAGUUACCUACUGAUUGAAUUGUACUGCACACAAAGUAAAUGGGUUUCUUAGGUGUGUAUAUACCAGUUCUGAACCCCCACUUCUUAACCAAACCAGAAAGGCUUGUGCAAUUUCAAUGCAGAUUGACGAACGGUUCAGUUAUCACAGAGACCAGUUACCUAUCUGCUGAACAAUUGUGUGAAUCAGUACCUUUGUGUCUCUUCAUGCAGUUUUUGUUAAACUCGGUGGCUUGAACAGCCCUCAAGAGUGUCAGUCUUAGAGAGAUGCCACUUUGUCAUUGAAAAUAGAAGCAGGCACUGGAAAUGGGCAAACUUUUCAGGACUUGUAUAACAGAUAUAUAACGGUGUUGGUCCUUAGCAGACCAAUGGCAGUGUCCUCCCCUAUAGAUCGCCUCUGCCUGUCACAGUUUAGCAUCAUGUCGGUGCUGCUUGCUCCACCUAGGAUCUAAGAAAUAGAUGUCGUUCCACCUAUAUAAUAGAAGCUGGGCUGUUGCUGCUGCUGCCAACGCACAAGGCCAACUCCAAUAUAUCUUCACAACACAUAUUGACAAGAGGGAGCAGGUGAGCCUCCUUGCCCGUCUGUGAAUUGGAGUUUUUAUUUCCCUUAGACCCAGCCAUGGCUCUUGCUAGAGCAUUGGCACUCAGCAAGCUAUUGAUGAAGGCUCAGGGAUGUUAGGCGACUCUUUGCACUGGGAGAGAUUGCCACCCCAAUCCAAUGCCAGUCUUCACUGUGUCAUAUCAGGACAGUGUUCUCUUUGGAGGCCAGGAAGUUCUCCCUGGAUUUACGGUUAGUUCUUGGAAUUGAAAGCAAGAGGGAUUCUGGGAAUCUCUUCAGUAUUUUGAGGCUCCCUCUGUCCUAUAAGUCACAGGUCAUAGCAACGUGUCUGUCUUUGAACAGAAACUGUUGCACAUAACUUGUCAUGGGAUCCACCCAAACUUGCAACUGUAUGAAUCCUCUACUGUGUCUGUGACUCUUGUGAACUUUGCACUCUGACUGGGUUUCCUUGUAUGACCUGUCAUUGUAAUUCAUUAUUUUAAACAAAGAAACAAAGAAUUUGCAAAAUAAAGGUUCUCUCAAAGUGA